AUGCCGGUACGUUUCUGAAUUCUUUCUGCAAUAGUAACUGCUAUUUAAGGCUUACCAUUCCAAGUUUGACGGAGAUCCGAGUGUUAGAAUAAUGUCACUGGGCAGCACGAACAUGGGCAAGCUUCCGCUUCGGACCAACUUCAAGGGACCAGCGCCUAGUUCGUUUCUUAAAAGCUUUUGCAAAAAAAUCAAAACGUUUUUUUUUCGACGAUUAAAAUGAGAAAAUUUUUAAGGUACAAACGAGGAAGAUAUCAUAGACGAAGCUCUCGCUUACUUCAAACCUAACAUCUUUUUUCGAGAGUUUGAGGUUUUUUUCUUCAAUUCUUGUGGAAUUGGUUGGUGGGAACAGAAAAACGUUUGGGAAAUGUCCAAAAGAAAUGUUUCUGAGAAAUGUGCACACUUUGAAGAAACAUUUUUCAUUUUGGUCAACUUUGUCUAAUGAACAGUUCAAAAUAUCCUCUACUGGGAAAACAGGAAUAUGUUACUGCAAGUUGGGUUUUUUCAUUUGUAUGGAGCAUUAUUAAUCAACGACGUGACAUAAAAGGCUACGGUCGAACAUUUUCGCUUUUUAAUAGAAUAAUAAUAAAUUCCAGUACAUUUCUAGUUCUUCAGAAAACAUUAAAUGGGAAGUUACUACAGAGCGUAGCGGUAUAACCUGUUUUCUUGGCUGUUGAAGGAGCAGAAGUAAUGCAUGAAAAAGGCUUAUUGUCACGAUUGCCUAAUUAAAUGGUCAAAAAGUACUCAAUUUCAGAUCAAAGGACCAGCUGAUCGAACCUUGAUCUAUUUAACCUUUUAUAUAACGGAGUGUCUUCGAAAGCUUCAGCGGGUGAGAUUUACAGACUUUCUCCUAAAUUGCGUCCUUUUCAAGAGUCCGGACAAAAUCUCUGGUCAGAAAGAUUUGGCUUCGCUCGCGCUGAGUCAUCAGCUUCCCAUUCCUGGAGAAGCGUCUUUCCCUCUCAACAGCAUGUUCAAAGUUUUCAAGAACAUUCUUUUGAUUCAUUAAUUCUUUUUCUUCAGGGACCUCCAUCAAAGGCUGAUGAAGAUGAAAUGCGAGCUUAUUUGCAGCAAGCUAGACAGGUUUGAGUAUUUUUUCAACAAUUUUCUCGUUCGACCGCGUGCGACUGAUAUGAAAUGGUCUGUGCGAUUUCUUAGAAAAAGCUCCAGAAAUUCAUGUGUUGAAAUAUAGUCGAUGUGCCACAAGUUGAAAUUUCAUGGAACGACACUCCGCUGUUUCUAUUUUUUUUGCGGUAGCGCGCAUCAUGCGAAUUUGCCAACCUUGGCCACGCUAAUUUUUUUGGUUUUAGCUCUAAUUUUGAUCGUUUUUUAAUUUUUUAAUUUCUUUAAAUGCGUUAUUAUCGUUGAAAAGGAUUGCGUUGUAAAUGCCAACGAAAGAACACAGUAAAUUUCAUGAUCUUCCUCGAAACGAGCGAUAAAAAAAGCCAUGUUUUAAUGUUUUCAUUGUUUUUUUCUGUUUGUUGCAGUGGUUAAUGGAUUUUUUCAGAAAGUGAGUGGCUUAUACGCACUAUGAAAUAGAGUGAUCGGUUUCAGUCAAUAUAAGGUUUUUCACUUUUUAUUUAUCCCCUUGUUGAAUUAUUGGCAUUCCGAAAAACUUUAUUCAUCCAUUGCACUGCCGAAAUGUUCAUAAAACUAAAAAAUUAUCGAAGAAAAUGUAUUUGAAAAUGGCAAAUUAUAAAAUGGGAAAGCAUGACCGAGAUCCGCAAAGGCAUUGAUUCUUCACGGCCACAAGGCCACCGAGCGGAAUGUCGUUCCAUGAAAUUUCAACUCGUGGCACAUCGACUAUAUUAUUUACAAUAACUGGUUUGUUUUAGGAACUAGGCUUGAGGCUUUGCGAACAAGCGUUCCCAGAACCAAAAGAAAAAGCUUCAAAGGUGAGAAGCGAUAUAAUGAAGGAAAUUCAUUUUUGGUUUAAGUGGUGGUUAUGCUUUUCGCGACGUCGCUUCAUGGACAAAGGCUUGGUUAGCCAGGGAGUAACUCUGUGA